GGAGGGGAGAGGCACAUCUGCCUGGCCUCUGGAGUCCUUCUCUUGGCUGCCCUUCCUCUUCCUUUCUUUGGAGGGUGGCAGGGGAAGCUCAGCUCUGGGAGAGCUAGUGCCCCCCAGCCACCAACCCUGCCCUCUGCCACCCUGCCAUCUGUGCCCAUCCCCCUGCCUGGGUUUUUUGCAAGGUGGCUGGGCUCUAAGCCAAUUUCUGCAUUGUCUCCCUGGGCUGAGCUCCACGUGGCCCCCAAAAGGGUGAGCCUCAGGACCCCAGGGCAGAAAAAGAGAAGAAAGGAAGCAGCAAGAUCCAUCAAUCUAUAAUCGGUUGAUCCACCAGCAGAUGCUGUCCCCCUGAUCCUUUGGCAGCUCAGACUGUGUGCCCAUUCUGCAGGCAAGAGAGAAAGCACUGCAGGGCAAGACUUCCACAGCAGUGUGAGAUGCACAUUUGUCUCGAGAUUCCUGUUCUCCAAAACCUUUGAAAAUGAUUUGUGGAUCUUGGGUGGCCAGCCUGCACAUGGGCAGGUAGUCAGGGGCUGUGCCGUUUUGGGGAUAUCUCCUAUCAAAUAUAGGUUGUUACCACGAAAUCCCAUGCUGAGCUGCAGCUGACCGAGGGCACAAAAUGGCAGCCAAGAAGGGAAGAACGCCAGGUGUGAAGCUCUCAUUCAAAUCUCUGUUGCAACAUGGGAUAAAGAUUGGAGAGGAGGAAAGAGACCAAGAGGAACUCAAAUCAGGAGUAGCAUUGGAAAGAGGAGUAACUCAUGAACUGAAGGCUAUGAAAGACCAGAGCUUUCUGAAAAGGGAAGACCCGGAACAAGUUAUCAAUGAAUCAGGCAAAAAGGAGUUGAAACCUUUAGAAUCUCACCAGGUCCUUAAAGAGACACUGUCCUCUCACUCCAGAUGGGGGAAACCACAGCUAUCAGGUUCUCCACCAUGGGAAAAUGCAAAGGUUCUCCUUGCUUCCGUUGAAGGGGCACCUAAUUGUAAGCCCGGAGGAUUGUCAGAUCCCAGUAGAGAAAGUCUAGGGGACUUCACAAAAAUGGAAGGCACAAAGAUGGAGGACUACUGGAAAGGAAGGGAAGAUCUCCUUAAGGAAGACUCAGUCACCAUGGAUGUGCAGCGGACCCUCUUCAGGGAAUUUCGGUACCAGGAGGCCGAGGGCCCCCGCGAGGCCUGCAGUCGCCUCUGGUAUCUUUGCCACCGGUGGCUGAAGCCAGAGAGACAUACCAAGGAGCAGAUCUUGGAACUGGUGAUCCUGGAACAGUUCCUGGCCAUCCUUCCCUUGGAAAUCCAGAGUUGGGUCAAGGGAGGUUGCCCUCAGACAUGCGACCAGGCAGUGGCCUUGGCAGAAGACUUCUUACUGAGACAGCAGGAGUCUGGACAACUGGAACAAGAGGGCUUGGCCCUGAUCCAAAAAGCAGCUUCAAAUCUCUGCAUGGCUGAACAGUCUCCUCCAGGCCUCAAAGAGAAGCAACCUUGUGCCGAGGUCAAACAAGAGAGCGAUAGCGAGACCAGCUCACAGUCGGAUGAUGAAUGGAUGACAGAGAGCAAAGAGGAUAUGCCUCAGCUAGACGAUACUGAAACAGUGAAGCGCCACAGACCCUCCUGGAAAAAAAGCCCAUGGCCCCAGGAAGAUGGAGAAGCUUCUGAGAGUCACAAGGAGUCAGAAAAGGGGAGGAAAAACUACCUCGAUUCCAAUGUGAAUGUAUUGUUUCCUUAUUUAGGAGAAAGUGGCGAACUGAACCAAACCGUUGUCAUAAAGAGAAGACGCAGAAGUAGAGGGGAAAGGGUAUGUAAUGUGUGUGGGAGAAGCUUCAGUCGGACCACAGUGCUAGUUGCACACCAGAGGACCCACACUGGGGAGAAGCCGUUCAUGUGCAAAGAUUGUGGGAAAUGCUUCAGCUUGAAAUCCACCUUGGUUGCGCACGAACGAACCCACACAGGGGAGAGACCUUACACCUGCUCUCAGUGUGGGAAGAGCUUUACUGUCAGCUCGGAUCUCACCCGACACUAUCGCAUCCACAUCGGAGAGAAACCGUUCAGCUGCUCAGAGUGCAACAAAAGCUUUAGCCGGAAAACACAGCUUCUCAACCACCACAAAAUCCACACAAGGGAGAAGCCGUACAAAUGCUCACAAUGCGGAGAGACCUUCAACCGGAGUUCCAGUCUCAUGAUACAUGAGGGAUCCCAUACAGGGGAGAAGCCCUUUAAAUGCCCAGACUGCGAGAAAUCAUUCAACACAUCCUCCCAGCUUGUCAAGCACCAUCGGGUCCAUACUGGGGAGAGACCGUACACCUGCUCUGAGUGUGGGAAAAGCUUCAGCCAAAGACAAAUCCUGAUGGUUCACCAGAGGAUUCACACAGGCGAGAAACCAUUCAAGUGCGCCACAUGUGGCAAAUGUUUCUGUGACCGGGCUGUCCUCAUUAGGCAUCAGAAGGUCCACACGGGAGAGAGGCCACAUCAAUGUACAACCUGUGGGAAGAGCUUUUCUCACCGUGCGGUCCUUGUUAGACAUCAGAAAAUCCACACCAGAGACGCUCUCAAUGUGCUGAUAAUAGAGGAAGAACCAGACGAAACCUCAUAAAAGCUCAAUCUGCCCAACAUUGCCUUACUUUCAGUGUGGGCUGCAACGUCUGUGGUAAACCAGUGGUUUAUAAUGCCCUUCUACUGGGCUGCAACAGCACUUCAGUAAACUUAUUAGACAUGAACAUCAAAACCAGGAGCUCAGCAGAGCAGGCAAUGGUAACCAUUUCAUUGUUCCGUAGCUCCAUUCCAGGUAUAAGGAAAGUGCAUGCAACCCCCAGAGUUGUUUUUUUUUUACACCCCCUGCACCUCCCCAGUUUUUUCUUGCUCUCAGAUUUUUCCAGAUACAGUACUGUAUGGGUAUAGUAGGCAAUGUCUGUGCAUUUUUUUUUUGUUUCCCUGGUUUGUUUUAUACCUAGGGGAGGCUCCCCCCCCCAUUUUAAAUAAGCAGAAGUUUGCAAUUAGGUGACUUUCUGUUGGGGGGGAAGGGUGCUCCUGAGAGGAUGGAAAGCAUGGUGAAAGUAUCCUCUACACCAGGGGUAGGCAACCUUUUUGAGCCGGGGGCCGUGUUGCUGUCCCUCAGACAACUGGGGGGCCGAAGCAAAAAAAUAAAUAAUUAAAUAAUUUUCAAAAUAUUUAAAUAAAUAAAUA